UAAUACUUUUCAAAAUAAUAUUUAAAAUUUUUAAUCUUUUAUAAAUAAUAAUAAUAACAAUAGUAGUAAUAAUGAUUUUUAAAUAAUAUUACAACAGUUUUUUUUUUAAAAUAGUAUAUAGAAUAUGUCAUCAAACGAUGAAUUAUUUUUCAAAAUAUGGAGGAAUUCUUAUUUGUUAAAUUUAAUAGUUAAUCAAAUAGUAUUAUAUAAUUUACACUACAAUCAAAGAUCAUUUGAUGUAGAGGAAAUACAAUCUUUUGAAUUUAAAGAGUAUUUAAAUUCAAUUAAAAUCAUAAAUAUCAAAGAACAUCAUAUUCCAAUACUAUCAUCAUUAUUACCACCCAAAAUUAAACAUUUAGAAUUUGGAGAUGAUGAAUUUAAUUUCCAAAUAGAAAAAUCAACAUUCGCCGCAUGUAGAUAUUUAAAGAGUAUUAAAUUUAACGAUAAAUUUAAUCAAGAGAUAAUUCCUUUUUCAUUACCAGAGUCUUUAGUAUCUAUAGAAUUUGGGUUCAAUUACAAUCAGGAGUUUAAAGAAAAUUCAUUACCAUCAAAUUUAAAAAAGUUAAUUAUGGGACAUAAUUAUAAUCAAAAAAUAGAUUCACCAUCAGUAUUGCCAAAAUCAUUAGAGUAUUUAGAUAUGGGUUACAAAAAUGAAAAUGAAAUCAAAGCAGGUGCUCUUCCUCCAAAUUUGACACACUUAAAGUUUAGUAAUCGAUUUAAUUUCACCUUAGUCCCUGGCUUAAUACCAUCAAAAAUAAGGUACUUAGAUCUCGGAAAUAAAUAUAAUAAGGAAUUUUUAAAAGGAUCUUUACCAGCCGGGUUGGAGACACUAAAGUUAUCAACAUGUUUCAAUAAGCAGUUAAAUUUACUACCACAGUCAAUUAAGAGUUUGUAUGUAGGAAAAGAUUUCGAUAAGCAAUUAUUCAAUACCUUAAUAAAAAAUACCAACCUUGUGCAUCUAGAGUUUUCAAAACACUUUAAUAACAAAAUUAUUGACAACUCCUUACCAUCCAGCAUACGGCUUAUUAAAUUUGGUAAAAGUUUCAAUAAAAAGAUCAAACCAAGAGUAUUACCAAACAUCACAUCUCUUUCAUUUGGUGAGUUGUUUAAUCAAAGAGUGCCCAUCGGAGCCCUACCAAGUAGUUGCAAAAAGCUUAAAUAUGGCCAAGAAUUUUGUAAACAAAUUGGAAACCAACUUCCACCCAAUCUAAAAAAACUCAAAUUAAAUGUAUACAACCAACCCAUUUCAAAUGAAACCUUUCCAAACUCACUUGAGUAUCUUAGUUUUGGCUUUGAUUUUAAUAAGCCCAUCACACCUUCAUCGCUCCCAUCUACAUUAAAAGUACUUAGAUUAGGUAGAGGAUUUCAGUCACAUCAACUAACAAAGCAAUCUCUUCCAGAAUCAAUAACCAUAUUAGAAACCGAAAUAAACAAUCAAGAAAUAUCCGCAGAAUCACUACCAAACUCGCUCAAACAUUUAAUAGUGUGGGGUAAUUGCACAAUUAAACAACCAAUUGAUGAAAAUUUACCAAAAUCUCUCCAAUAUAUUUACACUCACAGCACAAAUACAGAAUUUUUAAAUCAAUUAAAUGUAACACAAUUUUUAAAUAUUUUAAAAAUUUUAGAUAAAGGUCAUUUAUAUUAUUUAUUAAUUAAAAAACUUUAUAACAAUAAUGAUUAA